AUGUCUGGCGUCAAGGAUAUCACCCGCGAUCUUGAUAAGCUGGAUUCGCAGUUGGACAGCCUAGAGGAAGCACUCGCGCCACUGUUCGGCGACAUUGAUGAGGUCGCAUCACAGCUACCGCUGCUAGACAAGGCAAAGCUCUUCUCCCUGAUUACUUACUCGAUAGAAUCUUUAAUAUUUUCUGCCCUGAAGGUGCAAGGCGCAGAUACGCAGAACCACCCUGUUCUCGCCGAGCUCAAGCGUGUGCAGCAAUACUUUGCCAAGAUCAAGGCCGCUGAGGAGCCUGCUGGGGAGCGCACCACAACGCCGAACCAAGAAGCGACGGCACGCAUACUCAAGGCAGCCCUCAGCGACAACAAAGAAAUCAGUGCCAGACUGGCUGAGAAGAUUGCCGAGGAACGUGCAAAGGCGCUGUUGAAAUCUGUGGACGGACGCAAACGCCCGGUAGAUGACGCAGCGGCGAGCUCAGCGGGUAACGACAAGGGCGUCAAAAAGUCAAAACACCAGCACAAAACAAAAGGCAAGAGCAGAAAGUCAAGGGACUGA